UUAUUGAUUUGCACUGUGAAAUAUUUCAUAUUUUGGUUGUGCAAUGCAAAUAUUCCCAAGCAGCAUUUAACCCCUUACGUUGGUCAGUUGGUGUUGGUGCAGUUCGUCUAAUCCAAACAUGGGCCAAUCCGCAGUUACCCUAAUACUGGUUUUUGCCUUGAUUACGUGUCUGAAACAAGUCGCAGCAGGUGAUGGAAAAACCAUCUCCGCCAAUGAGCUAAAGACGAUCUUGGCCGCAAUUCCCGAAGCAGAACGCGAUGGCUUCAUCAGAAGCAACAUAGAGCUUGGCUAUAAAAUAGAGCAACGGAAGCAGCCUUGGGAAGAUGAAAAAUCGGGCAAAUUAGCCGUGCAGAUUUUCCGCUAUUUUCUGGAUAUCAAGCGCAACAGCAAGGCGGUUUUCAAGUCUUUGAAGGCUGCUGAUGUUAUCUGCUAUCCAGACCCGAUUGGCUGUAUUGAUAGUGACGAUUCCGGAAUCAGGCCUAUUUGAACCUGUGAUGCUCAAGUGCGCAAAAAACUUUACUGAACAGUUAGUGUUAUGAAAGAAUUUUUGCUCUCCAAGCAUUAAAAGCCGGUUUUUGUUCGCAUUGGACGAACGGAACGAAUUAAAAUGAAUAUAAUACUAUUAAAAUUAAUAGUUGUUCCUUAGCAAAUUAGCAAGCAUUACCACAUUUAAAAUAUUACCAACUUCAUUCGUUCCUUUCGUCCGAUGCCAAGGAAAAUGCGCGCUAACUUUCAGGCUUCUCAAUGUGUUCGCAUUUAAGCGACUUUCCAGCUUCUUUACGUUUUGCGUGCUUCCAUAUAGGAUUCGGAAAUUUAUUUUAACUCAUACAUUCUCAAAAAUUGGCCGGAUUAUACAAAACAAGGCGAAGAUUCAUUGGGAUGCGGUCCGUUCGUUCCACGCAAACAAGUACAUUUUCAGCUUCCUUAGCCGUAAAAUGAUUAAAUCGAGGGCAAAAGUUCUUUUUCCAGACUAAUAUAUAAUACACAGACAAA